GCAGCUCAUAUGAAGGUUUCACUUUAGCUUAAAGCAAAUACGUGGAAUAUUUUAGGUUUUCAGAGAAGUUAUUAAUCAAUCAUCAUUACUGAAAAUUCAUUGCAGGACAUUACCGUGGUAUCAGAGAGACAAUGAAUGACAGAGUUCCUCUACUUUCAGAAGAUGAUUCUGAUUUAUCAGUCAGAACAACAGAAGCUGGGGACAUUCGUCGGAGAUCCCGCAAUCGAUCUCAUGGACAUCAGAGCUUGGAGGCUCAAAGCAGGACACAGGCCGGGACUACACGCACAACAUUGAAUUCAUCUAAACUCCAGAUUGUGCUGGUGGGUAAAACGGGAGCAGGGAAAAGUUCAACAGGAAACACAAUACUGGCCAGAGCAGCAUUCAGAAAUGAAAUCUCUUUAAUUGGAAUCACUAAAACCUGUAAGAAAGAAGAAGUGAUGAUGGAUACAAAGGAGCUUUCAGUGAUUGACACUCCGGGAAUAUUUGACAAAUUGAUAACUGAAGAGAAUCUGAGGUCUGAAAUAGAGAACUGUGUCUCCAUGUCUGUACCUGGUCCUCAUGUGUUUCUUAUGGUUAUCAGACUGGAUGUGAGAGUCACAGAUGAGGAGAUAAAUGCAGUGAAAUGGAUUGAGAAGAACUUUGGUGAAGGUGCUGAACGUUACACCAUUAUUCUGUUCACUCAUUUAGAUAGGGUAAAGCAUACAUCAUUAAAUAGAUUCAUCAGAGCAAGUAACGAUAUCCAGGCACUUAUUAGUAAAUGUGGUGGUAGAUAUCACUCAUUCAACAAUGAGGAUAUGGAGAACCGUUCUCAGGUCACAGAACUACUGGAGAAGAUUGAGAAGAUGGUGAAUGAGAAUGGAGGAAAAUGUUACACCAGUGAGAUGUUUCAGGAGGCUCAAAAGAAGAUUCUGAAAAAUAUGUUCUGGUCAGCAAAGCCCAUAUUGUUCCUGCUGGGAAAUAGUGGAUCAGGAAAAACUGCUACAAGAAAAAACAUUCUUAGACAAGAGUGUAAUUCAAAAAAUUCACCAACUAAAACCUGUGAGAAACAUGAAGCAAUAGUAAAUGAAAAAAAACUAGAAAUGAUUGACACUCCAAGGCUGUUUAAUACAUCAGUAAACAUAAGGGCUGAAAUAGAGAGGUUUGUUGGUGUGUCUUCACCUUUUGUGUUUCUCCUGGUCAUCAAACUCAAUGACAAAUCCAAGAUGGAGAAAACAGUGAAAUGGUUUCAGAAGAACUUUGGUGAAGAUGCUGCACGUUACACCAUUAUUCUGUUCACUCAUGCUGAUCAGCUGAAACAUACAACAUUAGAUAAUUAUAUCAGAGACAGUUCAGAUCUACAAGCAUUAAUUGAGCGAUUAGGCAGAUAUCUUUUAUUCAACAAUAAGAACAUGGAGGACCGCUCUCAAGUCACGCAACUGCUGGAGAUGAUUGAUGAGAUGGUGGUGAAGAAUGAAGGGAAGCAUUACACCAAAGUGAUGUUUGAGGAGGCUCAAAGGAAAAUAGAAGCAGAGAAGUUCUGGUCAGCAAAACCAAGGAUUGUACUGGUGGGUAAAAGUGGGUCAGGAAAAACUGCAACAAUGAAAAACAUUGUGAGACAAGACUGCAAUUCACCAAAUUCAGCAACUAAAACAUGUGAGAAACAUAAAGUAAUGGUGGAUGGAAAGAACAUAAUAAUAAUUGACACUCCAGGAUUGUUUGACACAACAAAAAAGCUAAAGUCUGAGAUUAAGAAUUGUAUCUACAUGUCUGCUCCUGGUCCUCAUGUGUUUCUGCUGGUCAUCAGACUGAAUGAGAGAAUCACAGAUGAAGAGAAAAAAGCUGUAAGAUUGAUUCAGGAGAUCAUUGGAGAAGAUGUUGUACACUUCACUGUCAUUCUCUUCACUCAUGUAGAUCAGCUGGAGAAUAAAACAUUAGAUGAAUAUAUAAGAGAGAGUUCAGAUCUACAGGCACUGGUUAACAGCUGUGGUGGCAGGUAUCACUCAUUUAACAAUACAGAGGGAGAAAAUCAAGAACAGAUCUCAGAGCUACUAGAAAAGAUAGAAAACAUAGCAGAAAGCAAUCAAUGGAAUUAUUGCACAAAUGACAAGCUUAAAAAAAUCAUAACAGAAAAGAUGCUAUUUGAAAAAAUAAAAGCUGCAUUAUCAACUGGACCAGGAAUAGCAGCUGUAGUAGCAGGAGGUGUAGUUCUGGUAGCAACAGAGGUUGUCAUAGCACCAGCAGUUGUAGUUGCAGUAGGUGCAGUUGCAGUCGGAGCAGCUGGAGUGUUCAUAUACAAAACAUUUAGAGACUUGAAGGCAAAAAGAGAUUAGAAUUGCUUUGCUAUUCAU